GUCUGAACGGCUGCUGAGUGGCGACGCCUGCGCACUGGCCGCUUACUUGCUCUAGUCGCUGUGCUCCGGGCUCGGGACCGGCUGCCAUCUUAGUCGAGGGACUGAGCAGUCGCCGCCGCCCCGAGUCCCGGUAACAUGCAUUUCACAGUGGCCUUCUGGAGACAACGCCUUAACCCAAAGAAGUGACUUGAACAGUGAGAACUUCAGAAAAUUUGACUAUGCUUUGGUCAUGUCUUAAACCCUGCAGGAAACUGAGAUUAAGGAUGACAGACUAAUUAAUGUGGUGCAGAAAAUUUCAAGGUUUGCUGUCCUGUUAGUGGUAUGUCUGACAGUGGAUCACAACCUGGUUCAAUGGGUAGCCUGACCAUGAAAUCACAGCUGCAGAUCACUGUCAUCUCAGCAAAACUUAAAGAAAAUAAAAAGAAUUGGUUCGGACCAAGUCCUUAUGUGGAAGUAACAGUAGAUGGACAGUCAAAGAAGACCGAAAAAUGCAAUAAUACGAAUAGCCCCAAAUGGAAGCAGCCACUUACAGUUAUCGUUACACCUGUGAGUAAAUUACAGUUUCGUGUGUGGAGUCACCAGACACUGAAAUCUGAUGUUUUGUUGGGAACUGCUGCAUUAGAUAUAUAUGAAACAUUAAAGUCAAACAAUAUGAAACUUGAAGAAGUGGUUGUGACUUUGCAGCUUAUAGGUGACAAAGAGCCAACAGAGACAAUAGGAGACUUGUCAAUCUGUCUUGAUGGGCUGCAGUUAGAGGCAGAAGUUGUUACUAAUGGGGAAACCACAUGUGCAGAAAGUGCUUCACAGAAUGAUGAUGGCUCUAGACUCAAAGAUGAAACAAGAGUGAACACAAAUGGAUCAGAUGACCCUGAAGAUGCAGGAUCUGGUGAAAACAGGAGAGUCAAUGGGAACAAUUCUCCUUCACUGUCAAAUGGUGGUUUCAAGCCUUCUAGACCUCCAAGACCCUCACGACCACCUCCACCCACCCCUCGUAGACCAGCAUCUGUCAAUGGUUCACCAUCUGCCACUUCUGAAAGUGAUGGAUCUAGUACAGGUUCUCUGCCACCAACGAACACAAAUACAAAUACAUCUGAAGGAGCAACUUCUGGAUUAAUAAUCCCUCUUACUAUAUCUGGAGGCUCAGGCCCUAGGCCAUUAAAUACUGUAACUCAAGCUCCCCUACCACCUGGGUGGGAACAGAGAGUUGACCAGCAUGGGCGAGUUUAUUAUGUAGAUCAUGUUGAAAAAAGAACAACAUGGGAUCGACCUGAACCUCUACCUCCUGGUUGGGAACGGCGGGUUGACAAUAUGGGACGUAUUUAUUAUGUUGACCAUUUUACAAGAACAACAACAUGGCAGAGGCCAACUUUAGAAUCUGUCCGGAACUACGAGCAGUGGCAGCUACAACGUAGUCAACUGCAAGGAGCAAUGCAGCAGUUUAACCAGAGAUUCAUUUAUGGGAAUCAAGAUUUGUUUGCUGCAUCACAAAAUAAAGAAUUUGAUCCUCUUGGUCCUUUGCCACCUGGAUGGGAGAAGAGAACUGAUAGCAAUGGCAGAGUGUAUUUUGUGAAUCACAACACUCGAAUUACACAGUGGGAAGACCCCAGAAGUCAAGGUCAAUUAAAUGAAAAGCCCUUACCUGAAGGCUGGGAAAUGAGAUUCACAGUGGAUGGAAUUCCAUACUUUGUGGACCACAAUAGAAGAACAACUACCUAUAUAGAUCCCCGCACAGGAAAAUCUGCUCUAGACAAUGGACCGCAGAUAGCCUAUGUUCGGGACUUCAAGGCAAAGGUUCAGUAUUUUCGCUUCUGGUGUCAGCAACUGUCCAUGCCACAGCACAUAAAAAUUACAGUAACAAGAAAAACAUUAUUUGAGGAUUCCUUUCAGCAGAUAAUGAGCUUCAGUCCCCAAGAUCUGCGAAGACGUUUGUGGGUGAUUUUUCCAGGAGAAGAAGGUUUAGAUUAUGGAGGUGUAGCAAGAGAAUGGUUCUUUCUUUUGUCACAUGAAGUGUUGAACCCAAUGUAUUGCCUGUUUGAAUAUGCAGGGAAGGAUAACUACUGCUUACAGAUAAACCCCGCUUCUUACAUCAAUCCAGAUCACCUGAAAUAUUUUCGUUUUAUUGGAAGAUUUAUCGCCAUGGCUCUUUUCCAUGGGAAAUUCAUAGACACAGGUUUUUCUUUACCCUUCUACAAACGUAUUCUGAACAAACAAGUUGGACUUAAGGAUUUAGAAUCUAUUGAUCCAGAAUUUUACAAUUCUCUCAUCUGGGUGAAAGAAAACAAUAUUGAGGAAUGUGGUUUGGAAAUGUACUUCUCUGUUGAUAAAGAAAUACUAGGUGAAAUUAAAAGUCAUGAUUUAAAACCCAAUGGUGGCAAUAUUCUUGUAACAGAAGAAAACAAAGAGGAAUACAUCAGAAUGGUAGCUGAGUGGAGAUUGUCUCGAGGUGUUGAAGAACAGACACAAGCUUUCUUUGAAGGUUUUAAUGAAAUUCUUCCGCAGCAGUAUUUGCAGUACUUUGAUGCAAAGGAAUUAGAGGUCCUUUUAUGUGGCAUGCAAGAAAUUGAUUUGAAUGACUGGCAAAGACAUGCCAUCUAUCGUCAUUAUACUAGGACAAGCAAACAAAUCAUAUGGUUUUGGCAGUUUGUUAAAGAAAUUGAUAAUGAGAAGAGAAUGAGACUUCUGCAGUUUGUUACUGGAACCUGCCGAUUGCCAGUAGGAGGAUUUGCUGACCUCAUGGGGAGCAAUGGACCACAGAAAUUCUGCAUUGAAAAAGUUGGGAAGGAAAAUUGGUUACCCAGAAGUCAUACCUGUUUUAACCGCCUGGACCUUCCACCCUACAAGAGCUAUGAGCAAUUGAAGGAAAAGCUGUUGUUUGCCAUUGAAGAAACAGAAGGAUUUGGACAAGAGUAACUUCCAAGACUGUACCACCAGUGGAUAAGAACUUAUUUGCAGUGUUUGUCCUUUUCCUUCUCUGCCUGUUGCACAUCUUGUAAAAUGGGACUGUGACAGUUUAGAAAGUUAUCUAAGUGUAAGUAAAUUAAUGUUAUUAAAUUUAUCUCCCAGUGAUUCUGGAUUUCUACUCAACAUUUACAGAAACAGAUCUUCAAACAGCUAGUCAGAGCCUUGCUUAAUAUGAGAUUUAACACUGCAAUGAAAUCUGCAUUGUCUUAUUCCACUAGAUUGUUCCUUAACAAUUUUGUAUGUGUGUCAAAAGUCUCUCUUGGAAGUAGGAUUUUUUCUUUCAGAGAUUCUGCAAAUAUACAGGGAAGUCUUUCAGUAACUGCAAUAUACAAGAUCUUCCUAUUAAGCCUCUUGCUAAGAGGUAUUUCAUAAAAGUGCAAGCUUAGCCCAGCUGGGCACAUGAGCAGACUUCUGGCUUGUGCUCUCCUUCUCAUUUCAGUCUGGCCUGACUGUUGUUUUCCUUCCUGGAGCAUGAAUCCAUGAAUCAUUUUGUUCUUACUCCUGAAAGUGAUGUAAGACUUACAUCUCUACAAAGCAAUUUUGUCUUUGAAUUCAGGGAAAUGUAGGUUCCAGCUGGCAUAUGACUUCAUACCUCUCAUUUGGAAAUUUGUUUUAAAUGCCUUGCCAAUACUGUAAACAAUAUUAACACUGUGGCUAUUCAAUGUUUUUAAAAGUUAAUUGGAAUUAAUUCAGCUGAAUUCGCCUAAGGCUAUUACUGAUGACUUUUGUAUGAUCCUAUAUAUAAAUUGAAACUUUAUAAUUUUGUCACAGUCUAACGACUUUAGUUGUAUUUAAUUAUUGCUAAGUAGUUCAAGUUGUAACUAGAUUAUUUCCUAGUUCAAAUAGAGGCCAGUGAAACAGCCUCUGAAAUCACAUUUGGGAAUAAGAGCUAUGGUACUGGCUAAAAAGAAAGGAAGAUAAUAUCUAGUAACCACAGAAAUGUAUUCAAAGUAUGAAUUAAAAUCUUCAGAUUUGCUAUUUGUCUGACACAUAUUGGAGUAGUCAUUUCUAUUUUCAUUGUCCUGAAUUGAAUUGAUAUUUCUCUUCUGCAAUAUUUUUUUUUACCUUAAAAACCAUAAAGGUUUCCUUUAUUUCCCCAUGACUAGUUUAUUUUAAAGACUGCUCCUUUAGUAACUAAUUAAUGCACUUUGGUCUUCUUUGGAGUUAAUUUAUUUAACUUGGCCUACUAUACAUUGUCAAGAUGGCUGCUAUCAUAGAUUUGUCUUUAUGGGUAGUGAGAUGAAGCCUAAGCCAGCUGAGUCCCUAUCAUAGCCAAACCCUGAGGACAGCCUUAUAACUCAUGUAAACAGGGACCUUGGCAUGUUGCAAUAGCAUAGCAUGAACAAGUAGCAUUAGACCAAGAAUACACAGCAAGUAGCAGGCCCCUGUUUCACAUGGAAAGAGAAUGUUUUUACAUCACCCGUCUACUCUUAUAUUUAUAUCCUAGAACAACCAAAACAUUUUUUAACUUCUGUAACUGUAUUCUUUGACACUGCCAUCAUAAAGCAGAGACUUAGUAAGUAAAAGUUGGCCUCAUCCAAAAAUUAAUCAGUGUAAAGGGGGAGAUUAAGAUUUCCUCAGCUGUUUUUUUAUUACACAUACCCUAGGAAAUGUAGUGUGAUCUCUAAAAGCCCUACUUUCCAAAGUAGGGAUUCUCUGCCUUUUGUUGGUAGGGUAAGAAAAAUGCUAUUGCUUUGUCUUACAGAGCGAAUGUCUGCCAAUUACCCAUUCAUUAUGUAAGUCUGAACUUUGGUAAUAUAUGGCUGGGAAGAUUAAGCCUUCUAUAAAUACAUCCAGUUGAGGCAAAUUCUCAUAAUGAAAUGUAGUUACCAAUAACAUUUGCUAGAGAUUUAUAAGAUUAAAUUAAAAGCUAAUAGGUCUUUUGGUUCCACAUAAUGCUUCAUGAUUCAUUUAGGAACCUAGAAAUAUUGUGUGAAAAUGUAUAAAUAUUACCCAAAAGGCUUUCUGCCCUAUAUUUUUAAAAUACAGAAUAGUUAUAUUUGAAGUAGUCCUGGCCCUAGUUCUAUAGGGCUUGGCUAUUUAAUAUUUUUAUGGAAGAAAUGUUUAGUUCUGGAAAAGAUAAAUGCUUGUAUAUAUUUUUGCAGCCUAGGUUCUCCCUACUCCAUUUCUUCCUUUAAUUUAAGUGGCCUCAUGUAUAUGUCUUCCCUGCUGUGUUAGGAAAACGGGGGCUGGAUAUCCCAAGAAUCAGAGGUUAUAUAAAAAAUACAGAUAGACAACAGACAUAAAUAUCUACAAAUGCUAUCUUAAAUUUUGGUCUAAACUGAACAUUUGGAAAUAGAUUUAUUGUAAGUGUUUAGAGCUUUUUCUUAAAUCUGAACUAAAUUGCUUUUAAGGUCCUUUUUCUUUGUGAGCAUUGUAAAUGCUAAUAAAUUUUGUCAAUUUUUUUUAUUGCAUGUUAUGUUGAAAUAAAAACAAAGUAAAAUGAGCAAUUGCCUUAUUCUUCUGCUCUUACAGUGUGUUGGGGAAGGCAGCAUUCCAUAGCCUGGGUCAGAAGGGAAGGACCUCACUUAUUUCAUCACAUGGAGUGGAUUAAAACUGAUCCAGCACCUCAUAACAAUGAAUUCUUGCCCUUUUUCUUCUGUAUCAAGUGCAGAAGAAUCCAAUUUCAUAAGACUUACAAUAACUCUAUUUAAGAUUCAGUACUGACUUUAUUAAGAGAUGGACAAUAUCAGUUCAUCAGAAAUUUUAGUAAAACAUGAUUCAGCUGCCCACCUAAAUGAACUAUUUCACAUAAGCCCUUUCUGCCACUUGUUUUCUGGUUAAUAAUCUGAAAUGUUAUCAGGAAUGUCUCAUAGAGUUAGACUUUGCCUCUAUUUUUCUAUCUUUGUUUUGAAGAGAACUUCACCUAAACUCUUUUAUAGUUAACUACUUGUAUUGUUGGUAUCUCCAGCUCCUUUUUUGUUUCUCUUUUAGAGUUACGAUAAAAUUAUUUGCAUGUGUAUUGUCAUUAUUAACUAAAAACAAAAUGGCAGCACUGGAUUGUAUAUUUCUGUAUUGGAUUACCUUUGUUUUCUUGAAGUGUAAUUUCAAAUACUCAGGUAACUUCAAAUAUAGGGAAUCAAGUGCUUUUAUACAGUUCUUCAGGGAGUUGCCUCAUUUCAGUUUCCUCAAAGGAUGUAAGAAAAACUGUGUUUAUAAUUAAAACAUUUUUUGGUCCUUCAUUUGCACACUCUUCUGUUAGUCUUGAGUAAAAAGAUAUUCCCCACCUACAGAAAUGCCUUCUAUGUCACCGGGCUCUAUAGAUUUUUGCCUUUGCUUUGUAAGUGGCAAAUGUUAGCCUGUCUGUACUGUGAAGUAUGUAGAAAAAACUUGGCCUGCUACUCCAGGGAGACUGGAUUUGGUGCCUGUAUUGAUGAAGACAUUUGCAGGGGCCAUUGAUAAAUAUGAAGAUCUCCAUCUGUAUUGCUUUUCUGAGACAAGAAGCACUCUUAAGACAGGACCUCCAGCUAUGAAUGCUGGGUACAGAUCCGCCAACUAUCAAGACUGCUAUACAAGGUAGUCUUCUCAUCAACUUCACAGGCCACCAUAUUACAAAACCAGAAUGAUACUGCUUUUCUUUAAAAUGAAACCAGAGGACAAAGAUAUAGGAAGUGGAGUUUUUCAUGUGCGCAUCCAACAGAAACUAGGUCACCCCGUGGUUCUGAUUAGUAAACCCUAUCCUAUUUAAUCUGCCUUGGAAGCAGCUUGAAUGUUCUGUCUUUGGUGUGGCUAAGAACAAGAGAGUGAUGCCAUCUGUUAGUACCCCCACACCUAGCAUGAGGAAACCUUAUGUGGGAAAUAUGUAACUGUUCUGACCAUUAGCUAAAAUCUCAACAAAACAUGAAGCUGGGAUGCUGUGGUUGACUGGCUAUUGUCUUUUGGACUUUUCAGAAAUAUGUGUCACAUUAUAUAACUACAGGAACUGCUGUCACUCCCUGCCCAUUUCAGUCAUUAAUUCUUGUAUCUAUAAGGGUCUUCUGCAUCAAGACAUCUGUGGGGGAAGAGCAAAGGGAAUCUUCCUAGUUGGCAAGAAGAGGGUCUUCAAUGUAGACCCCACAAUGUUGGUCCCUUGUAAAUGGGUUUCUGUUAAGUAAUAGUUAAGGGCAAGAAGAGUUCCAAAAGCACCCUAUAGGGGAGGCCUGUGGGAAUUUUCAGCCAUGACUUAUUAUUUUUUUUUUUCUUAUUUCUGUUUUUGUGUUUUGAGGGAGGGUUCACUAUAUAAUUCAGAUUCGAAUUCACUAUGUACCCUGGCUGGUCUUGAACUCAUGGCAGUCCUCCUUGCCUCUGUCUCCAUUUCUCUGACCUAAUGUCUUUGAUUUCCCUGAGAUAAUAAACCAACACACCUGUUUUUGUUCCAUCUCAAGGCAAAACCUAUCAAAUGUAUCUCCAAACUUUGAAAUCCCUUGCCUUAGGGCUGCCUUCAGCCUUUAUCCCUAAGCUAGCUGACCGUGGCAACCUCCACUGUGUUGUUUCCAUUUUCCCCUCACCAGUCCUCCCCUGCUUCAGAAUGGCCUGUGGAAGGCCUACUGCAUGCCUCUCCGCAGCAAUACCAGAUCUUGCAAGUCACCAAUCAGGGUCGUUCUUGGCUCCACCUCCAGCUCCUCCCUUAUGCUACCUCAGCUCCAGUCCUAAAUUACUGACCAUUUUCUCUCUUGCUUCUGACAUUGUGGACUUAUUCAAUUCUUUCACUCUGUUCAUUCCAGUUCUGCACAUGUGAGAUGACAGUGAUGAUCCUUCCCAUAACUAUCUUCUAGAAUGUUUUGAGGCCAUUACUAUGGCACUUCUUUCCCUUGCUACAUAUGUUCCUAAUGUUUCCAGCAUUCAAAAAUCACUCCUUUGUAUCCAGUCCUUCUUAAAAACUUUUUUUUUUUGAAAUAAUUGAACUUCAGUAGAGCUGUGGCGAACACCGUACAGAGCUCUUGUUCUUCAGCUUUCUCCAUUUUCUCUAGUACUGCAUAACUGUGGUACACUUAUAAAAACUAGUAAAUAAUAACCUAACACAAAAGCCUCAGCUCUUAUUUAGAUUUUGCCAGUUUUUCCACCAAUGUUUUUUUUUCCCUUAGUCUCCUCUGAUGUGGACAGUUCCUUGUCUUCAUGAGCUUGAGAUUUUUGAAAAGUACUGGUCAGUUGCCUUAUAGAAAAAUCUCUUAGAUUGUGUUUAAUUUUCUUAGGAUGGGGCUGGGGAUUUAGCUCAGUGGCAUAAGCACCUGCCUUGCAAGCAGGCGGUCGUGAGUUCGAUCCCCAGUACCGGAAAAAAGACCAAAAAAAAAAAAUUUUUUUUUUUUUAUGAUGAAGGCUGUGGAUUUUUGUGAAAACUACUAAAAGGUGAUGGAUGUACCCUUCAUACAUAAUCCAGGGGCACAUGGCAUCAGUAUGUCCCAUUACCAGGAACAUUAACCUCAGUCUGCUUAAGAAGUGUCUGCUAGUUUCUUGGUUAGUAAAGUCUCUAUCCAUGUAGAAACCCUUGAAAAGAGCACCAAAUCCUUUCCCACUUGAAGUGAGACUACCAUGGAUGAAAAUCUGGGGGUUGCUCACAGUCUUGAUUCAGAAGGCCCAGGAAGAAAUAGAUUUGUCAAGUGGGGAUGUUGAUACUAUGGUGAACUACUUGCACACAGUGCAUGCCAAAUGUUGGGCACAGUAACAUGGCCAAAGAGUCACUAAAUGGCAAACAUUUGCUACAAGGCUCAGAAAUAUUUGUGGUGCUUAGGAGCAAGUGGUUAUAGUGGGAAGGGGGACAACACAAAUUCUAGAAAGAUCUCCUUUUUCGUGCUUUUGUUGUGGGGGGGGUGUUUUUACGGGGGUGGUGGCUGUCUUUGUUUUUUAAGACAGGGUCUCGCUAAAUAGUUCAGGCCGGCCUGGAGUCACUAUAUAGCCCAUGUUGCCCUGGAACUCGAGACGAUCCUCCAGCCUUAGCCUGCCGAGUGCUGAAAUGACAGGCGUGGCGCCGCAAGUUCCAGGACAGCCUGAGCGAUCCCCUUUUAAAGGUGAAAAACGAUACAACAUAAGAGAUGUAAAGUCGCUCUGUCCAAGUUACCUGGUGGCAAUGAACUCAAAUUCCUAAAUAAUCGACACCCAGGCUACCCGUAACUUAUGUCAUAUGACUUGUAUGGAAUAUUUUCAAGGGGUUGCUCGACAGACUCCAGCGAUCCCUGACUGGAAUUUAACUUCAGGACCUUCCCUGUCUGCUGUGCAUUUUGGCUUCGCGCCUCUCAGGCUCAAUCUAGGCGCCAGGGGGGUCUCAGCAACUGUAGCUCUCAGCCCUACACUCUCCCAACUAUCCUCCACCCAGGACAUCCAGACCCAGCUCGGACCUCAAAUGUUGAAUGAAGCCUCUUCUGGCACUCCAGAACCAGCAUCUUCUUCUUCAGCUGGAGUUAGGAAUUUUCCAGAGUUAUAAUGCUCCUCUGUUUUUCCCCUUUGGACGGAAAAGAGCGGAUUCUCCGCGAGCCCAGGCGGAACUGACAGAUCACUUCUCCCGCCCGCCCCACUUCCUCCGCUGGCUUCUGAUAGGCUGCCGAAGCAGUUCCUGUCGACAGAGGGCUGUGCGCAGGCGCGGAAAGGUUUGGAAGUAGGUUGCUUGUUGGCGACGCGGAGCUACUGGACCAGCCAGAGAUGAGGUGGAAGAGACACUGAAACGACUUCAGAGCCAGAAAGGAGUGCAAGGAAUCAUUGUGGUCAACACAGAAGGCAUUCCCAUCAAGAGUACCAUGGACAACCCCACCACCACACAGUACGCCAACCUCAUGCACAACUUCAUCCUGAAGGCACGGAGCACCGUGCGUGAAAUUGACCCCCAGAAUGACCUCACUUUCCUCCGAAUUCGCUCCAAGAAAAAUGAAAUAAUGGUUGCACCAG